AUGAAGUGUGUACGGCUAUUUGUGCUGAGCUCCGUUGCAUCAGAACCAGCUUCAAAACCUAACAGAUUUGCCAACAAGUAUGAUCGUGGAGACCAAAGAAGCGGCCAGAAUUCCCAAAGUAGGGGUAAUGGCAAGAAACAAGGCGGAGGAAACUUCAAGAACCAAGGAAAGGGUAACAGAAAACAUGCCAACCAAGUUAAAACAAGAACAGUGAAAUUCAACUUUGAUACCGGCAGUGAGAAGGCCAAAUCGGCCCUCAAGGAAAUCAUCACUAAGGUGCAGAAGCUUGGAACGUCAUACAAGGUCAACUUUGUGAAUCCAGAAUCUAACAGAUUGGCGGAAAUGCAUUUGGUCGAUAUAGUUAACACCACGGACUUGAACAAGCACGGAUUGCUAGUUAUCGAACCCAAAACAGAGACAGAGUUGCCUUUAAUCCGACUUAUAGACGUUAAGGACAUGGUGAAGGAGUAUUCGGACCGUUUGGCAGCCAUAAAGGAGAAGGAGCUUCUUGCUCUGGGAAGCUUCGCUGCUCAAAGAGCAAUGAAUCAGCGAAUGCAAGCAGAGAAGAAGAAAGGCGCCACUAAGAUCUUAACGCUCUCGUGGUCUAUCAGCGUAAGUGAUUUGGCUAACCAGAAGAAGAAUGAAAUUAUGAAAAGGGUCAACAAGGGCGACAAAUUCAUUAUUUUUGUAGGAGAAAAGUCGUCGUUGUACAGCGCAAGAAAUAGUUCUGAUAAGGAGGAUAGUAUUUUGAAACAAUUGGAUACCUCCAGGACAAAAUGGGACCGCAUGGAUGAGGAUGAGCUUACGUUGGAGAUGAAGAAAAGAGAAUUGGUGUUGGAGAGAUUGACGGAACUUUUGGAGGAGUCUGGAAGCAAGUACGAAGUUUCAGGAAAUUUAGAUGCUCGUAUGAUGUUUAAUGUGAGUCCAAAAGCCAAAAGUAAUGCUGAUGUGGAUGAAGCUGAGCUUUCACCAAAGGAAUUGAAAAGAGCUAGAAAGUUGGGUAGAGAGAAGGAGAAAACCAGAAAUAAAGUUGAUGAAGAGGAUCUUGAUUCGCUUUAUCUGUUCAAAAUUGAGGAAUAG